CUCUGACUCGAAUUGUCAGCAAGCCAUGCUGUAGGCUCAUAUAUAGUAAAUGGAUUUUUCUUCCUGAUCUCUUGGCCGAGUCUUUCUGCUCAUGUGCUCGACCACUUGAUCGUGCUUUUCCCUGCUUGAGGGUGCUUGACCUCGACUCGCUGCAGGACAAACGACUAAUCACAUUCUCUUAUCGCAGUGUCAUCUGCCUCGCUGCCGGGCGCCAUACAGCCUCUCAGCCUCUCAGCGGCCAGCAAACCCCGCAAAGCCUGUUUCUUGGACUCUUGACCGUUUGCUGCCCCUCAGUUCCUGCCUGCCGACCUUCCCAUCAUCGUCACUUCCCCAUUGGGAAGCGAUCACCUCCUUACUUUAUCAUCUCCAUCGUCGCGUGUCGUUCUUUCCUCAUGUCACAGUCACCGCAGCCUCCUCCUCCCCCUCCAGGCGAAAUGCCUUCUUUUCUGAUGACAACAAUACCUUCUUACUCGGGCAGGACGAGGUCGUUACCUAGUGUCUCUGUCCCGGGGAGAAGAGGUUCUGCCAUUGCAAACGUCAUGGGUAUGCGCAAAAGGGUCGAGAUUGAGGUCGUCCUAGAUGGCCAUGCCGACCUUGUCCAUUCAUACGCCACCUACGACGAAAUCAGAGGUCGCGUCGACAUCAAGUGCGAAAAGGACACUCCUUAUCAGGAUCUCAGCAUCACCUUUGAAGGCGUCAGCAAUACCUAUGUCGAGAAGAUUGCCACGUCGGCCCCAACCGCCGGUCGAACGACAGGACGUCACACUUUCCUCAAGGUGCAGCAGCCCAUCAGCGCCGAAUGUCUCCCAGAAGACAAUGUCUUUGCUGCCGGCGUCAACUACAGCGUCCCUUUCAACUUCGUGGUCCCCGACCGCCUCCUUCCCUUUGUCUGCACACACAAGAUCGAUAAUGAGGAUAUGAGAAAACAUCACCUCCAACUCCCUCCGAGCCUCGGCGACCCCAACGUAUCUGGCGACGGUAAUGUCCUCAUGGAUGACUUGGCACCCGAUAUGUCUAGAAUAUGCUAUUCCAUUAGGGCGCGAAUCACCACGUCCAAUCUGGUGGGCAGGAUCAUCGAAAUCGCCGACAAGUCGGAGCGAAUUCGAAUUAUCCCAGCUCGAGAGGAGGCUGCUCCUCUGGACAUUGAUGAUUCCGACGGCGAGCACGUCAUGCGAAAAGAGAGGAACGUCAGAAAGGGAUUCUUCAAAAUCGGUAAAACUGGUCGUUUGACAGCCGUCACCACCCAACCGAGACCAUUACAAAUUCCACACUCACGCAAGAAGACUUCUCAACCCAUCUCCACCGUCGCCCGUAUAGAUCUAAGGUUCGAUCCUGCUACUCCCGAAGAUCAACCCCCUCAGAUCGACUCUAUUGUCAGCAAGUUGAAGGUCUAUACCUUUUUCGGUGCUGCUGCAUACAAGACCAUUCCCCAAGUCAACAGGUUCGACAACUGGUCCUUGUUACACGGCAUCUAUCACGAGAACGUGCCUCUCGCAAGUCGUAACCUGUCCACUGUGUCGUGGACACGCCUCAGCGGUUCAGAACCUCCACCAAGCCCCCCACCCUCGGAUCAAUUUCGACGACCAUCGGCUUGGUCUACCUCAUCCACCUCAUCAAUUCCCGAACCAUCUUCCACCUAUAGUCCGGGCUCUUCAUUUUAUACUGCUAGCAUCGUGGUUCCCAUCGCUCUCCCAGAUCCAUCAACAAGUUCGCGGCCCAAGGUAUUUGUCCCAACUUUUCAUUCUUGUAUCGUCUCCCGCAUCUAUCACCUCGAGUUGAACCUUGCGUACAAACCUCCGGGGACCACGAUUGCGGCAAAUCAUGUCGUCUUGAAAUCACCUAUUCAAAUAACCGCCGAGGCUGGUGAGCGUCCAGAGGAACUGCAAGCCGCAGAUGCCGCAAUUGUCGCUGAGAUUGAGCAGCAAUUCGGAAUGUACGAAGCACGCCAACAAGACUUGCAAAGAGAGUUGGCCAUCAACAUGGAAUCACCAGGAUAUGAGGAGAUUGUCACUAGCACAACCACACCGUUUGGCGGAACAAGGCAUAUGAGCCUCGGCAUGCCCGUGCCAAACUCGCAAUUAUCAUCCCCUGAACACUCCGAAGUUUCAGACACGGCACCUUCAGCACCACCUGGAUAUCAUGUUGGCUCGGGCUUCAAUACCUUCAGCCCUCGAGACAGGCUUGGAGGACCAAGGACAUCGAGUGUGAGUAAUCACAUCUCCGUUAUUCGUGCCUAAAGUUUGUCAGCCUUUGUGCUGGCGUCUCUUGAUCUUGUUUGCUCUCCUUUCUCGCUACCGUCCAGCGUCUUACAUUCUGAAUCUCAAAGAGGAUGACACCUUUCUUACCGUUUCUCGUGUAAAGGGGGAGAAUGAGCAUGAGAACCGAGGAAAGGACGACAAAUGAUCCCGUCCCCAUAUGCGAAACAUCGAACGCCGACAGUGAAGUUGAUGUCGAAUGAGUUGUUAAAGUUGGUCGCCAAAUGACCAACAAAAGAGCCUGAAGAUACAACUGAGCCUUCAAAUACGCCUCGUGACCCACUUGUUCGCCACACUCUCUUAUGAGUAAUCAUUUCUUUCUUUUCUCUUUUAGGAGGAGGGUCAGAACUUGUUCUGUUUCUAACUCGAGGCAUGAUUCCUUUCAACAGGAGUAUUAUUACCAAACCUUUCCUCGACGACGCAGGGGUGGAAGUGGAGUAUCAUGGCCUAUUGGGCUGAUUAUACUCACACCGUGAGAAUAAGACGCUCUUGAAGUGAGCUGGUCUCGGUAGGGGUUGUGUGCUUCUCGCGGAGAAACGCAAUGGAUACAGCACACAGACGAAGUCGCACCCUCUCUGCAGCAGACCUGGUGCGUUAUGCUUGAUGGUCGGUCGAACCCUGUACCGUUUGAAGGGAAAGGAAGAAAGAGACUUAAUGAUUGAAGAUUGGCCAUGUCACUUUGACAUCAACAACAGAUGAUAUACAGGAAUUGGGAGUUGGAUUGAUGGAAUUUGUCUUUGCACGAUACCCUUUUUGUUAUGGAAGUUUGAGUUGGGCUAGAAGGACAACUUUGUUGCUUGGAUAUAGCCUACAGGGCAAAAUAUCAGUACUGUUGUUCCUAACCCUGAGCAUUUUCGCAUUCACUUUGCAAAGCCAUAUCUAUAAUACGAAACUUAAUUAUAAUCGAGUUAUUUCAAUGACGGCGCGUCAAGGUGCCUGAAGCUGUC